AGCACAGGCUGCACAGCGCACUGACACUAGACAUCGCAUGAAUCGGCGUGAUGGCACCUCGCCUGGGAUGAGUUCUCAUAUGUGUGGAAGCUUGAGAAUACCCUAACGUGCUUUCUUUCCCUCGUUCAUAUCGUUCAUAUUAGCCUUUUUAUUUAAAUAAAGCUCAGGACAUACCAAACCAGACAACCAUGGACGCGACAGACUCCUCCAUCAAAGUCAAAGUAUCCCCAACUCAAAGCGCAUACUUUGCUGGUGAAACUUUCACCGUCGAAAUCACAUUCACCAAUACACGUACACCCUCUCCAAACAACACAUCACUACCUGCAUCUGCACCAGUUCAGAAAUCGCAUAGACGAAAUGCCCAUUCUAUAAGUUCUGCGCCUCUCGCCAGGCCUCCUACCUCUCCCGGCUUGAGCCCACGUCCACCAGAUUUCAUUAAAGCGCUUGGAAGUGGAAUUGGUGAAGAGGGAAGAAAGGGAUUGAUUGGGAAUGGAACAGUCGAUAUCAAAGGGAAAGGUAAAGAGGUGCUCGAAGCCAGGCGUAGUGCAUUGGAGAAGGCCAAGCUCAGUGCUAGUGAAGAGUACGUACAAGCGUAUGAAGUAGAUCAAGUAACACCACGCACAACCUUCACUAUCCCCCAAAACCACCCACAUGCACGCAAACAAUCAGUAUUGGACGGUCACCUCCAGUCGAACGAAGUAGUACAACCCCAAACCAGCACACUCGACACAAUAGCAGAAGCACCCACCCACGCAUACCCCCCUCGUAGACCAUCGCUUCAGGCACUCGGUCAUGGUCAUCCUCAUUCAUACACCAAACCUAUCCCCAAAGACACAGCUCUCCUCCUCUACUCAUAUGCCCAACUUUCAGGAACAGCACACAUCCUCCCACAAAGUACACCAGCAACCUUGUCCAAUCUUCGCGCACAUCUCCUCAAAAAACCUGUAUUGGGAGGCGGAAGCAUGGACAUUGCCAGUACCCGCAGGUCCCAUUCGCGUUCUACGAGUCUUACAGGUUCCCUAUUAAGUCUAUUAAGUCCUUCGAGUUAUACUCCUUCGCUCGGGAGAUCAAGAGCCCCUUCCCUCAGUUCACAAAGUGAUACGUCUCCUGCAAAUGUUGGUUUGGGAUUGAGUGUUGGAACAGCGAAUCCUGUGGAAGAAGGGGAAGAGGAGAUGCCGCUCCCUGUAUUCGAAGUACAACCUGCAAUGCUAGCUGUCGAUCUCGCCUUGAGUCCUGGAGAAAGUAGGACUUAUACAUACACCCUUCCUCUACCCUCCUCCCUCCCUCCUACAUUCAAGGGCCGCAUGAUCCGCUUCUCAUACGAACUUGUAGUCGGUACGUGCCGGAGAGGCGAUAGCGGCGAAGCUCCUUCUACCGGCGUGACAGUGAGCAGGGUAAUGAAAGUCCCUAUCAGGGUGUAUAAUUGGGUUAGCGUCAGCAAACCACAAAGCCCCUACGACCUCCUCCUCCCCGUGCGUAAACACGACGGCGGAAAAGUCAUCGAGCUAGGCAGCGCAUGUGGAGAUGCAAAGAAAGACUCAUCCUCUUCCUCGUCGAAACUUUCACUGACUACAUCACCUUGUGGUUCCCUUGACGACCUCCGCGCCUACGGAGAGAGGCUACUUGAGACUUUCCCUCCGGAGGGGUCGACGGGUGUGAGGAUUAAGGAGCCUGCCGAGAGCGUGCCUGAAAGUGUACCUUCUUCCUCCUCUGGGCUUGCUUCUGGGAGUGGAAGUCAAGUAGCUUCGGAUCCUCUCAGAGCAUUCGCAAGAGAACGUGAAACAGAGAUAGAGGGAGGAGAGGGAGAACUGACAGGAUGUCGAGAAGCUGUCGAGAUCUUAACCCGAAAUCCCAAAAAAGUCUCAUAUGACGUGACAAAAGAUGAUGUCAAAGUCGCUGUUCUUACAUUCACGAAGAGCGCGUAUAGGCUUGGGGAGACUGUUUUGGGCAUUGUGGAGAUUAAUGAGCGAGAGGGACGGGGGAAGGUGAUUUCGCUAAGUGCAACGCUAGAAACGAACGAAAGCCUCCCAGCCUCUCUAGUAACCACAAACACGAGUACAAGUACUACACGCCGCGUUCACGCAGAACACCACGCCUCGUUCACAGGCAGUACCCUUCGCACCACAUUCGCACUUGAUAUACCCAGCGAUGCAUCUCCCACAUUCGGAAUCGUGCUCUCAUCUCCUCCCUUGCUUGGGAACGGCCAUAUCAAUGGGUCCCUGUCUGGGAACGGAACCGUGGCUGGGACUGGACCUGGGAAGAUAGGGGGGUUGACGUGGAAAGUACACCUGACGCUACUAGUAGGCGUUACAGCGCCGAACGCACGGGUGCGUGGGUUGACGAGGGAUGGUGCACCUACUUCGUGGGGAAGUGCAUGGCGUGCGCCCGUUGGGAUCGCUCCGGAACAGCAAGAGGUGCCUGGGAGCGGUGCGAAAGAAGUCGGCAAACAAACACAGCAACAGAGCUGGACUUCGUACCUCAUGAGUUCGUUCCUCGGGACUGGGGAGAAAGAGUAUCAUGAUGGGGAUGACAUUAAUGAUGAUGAAGAGGUUCCUGCUCAGAAGGAGGAAGGGGAGCAGGAGGAGGGUGAUUGGAGAGAUGUGCAGGUUGAGAUCGUAGAGUGUGAAGUGCCAGUGGUGGUUUGGCCUGGUAACACAGCGUUCAGCGCUGUUGACGUUGUGUUCGAGGUGUGACCUAGCCUGAGACUAGGUAUGAUCGAGAUCCGUGAUCUAGAUUCCGCGGAAGGAUCCGUAUUGCCCCACACAUCGGCGGAUAUUUAUCGAAAGGUUUUUUUUUGUUUGUAUGUAUGAUAUUAUUUUAAUUAAAAAAUGGUGGUGAGCUC